AUGGCACGCACAAUUUAUUUAUUAGCUUAUCUUCUAAUGGCACUACCGCUUAAAGACACAACAGGUGUAAUGAUGCGAACCGGGUGCACCGUGGCUGUGGCCGUGGCCACUCUUCUUCUCUGCUGUAACGCUGAUUUACACCAGGACCAAGACGUAGGAGUGGGAGAGCAUCACUCUGGUGAUAGCUACGAUACAAGCGAUUAUGGACAAAAAGAAGAACUAGAAAACUUUUAUAGAUUUCUGGUACAGUAUGAAAACGAAAUUGCCAAUAGAAAUUUGGGCAACCUCGGUGGAAGUUCUAUUUUAGGAAGAAACAUCAAUAACGAAGGUAAUGCUUAUGGAAGAACAAAUAGACUAGGUGGCAACACUCUCCUUGGGAGGAGUCUAGGAUUUGAUGCUAAGCAUUUCAACCGAAUUGGAGGGUCAUCGCUAUUAGGUAGAAGUACUGAUGAAAAAAUGCAAUAUGCUAGAUUUCUCGAUCCUCUAGGGGGCAGCAACUUUGUUCGUAAUCUAGACCCUAUUGGAGGAGGAAACUUAGUAAGGAACUUGGACUCCAUUGGCGGUAGUAAUUUCGUUAAGAAGAAUCUCGAUCAAAUAGGUGGACCAAAUCUGGUUAAAAGAACCUUAGACUCCUUGGGAGGCGGAAAUCUUGUGCGAAACUUAGACUCUAUUGGAGGCAGUAACUUCGUUCGACACGUCGACUCUCUCGGGGGUCACAAGCCUCGUAAUUUGGAUCCUCUUGGUGGUGGGCACUUGAUGCGUCAGGUUCGAGAGUUACGCCUUAACUACUUCCCCUACUUCUUGGGUAGGAGAUACGAUUACGGCAGCCCAUAUGGACGGAAACAUGACUCUUGGUCACAAGGAUCACCAAUCGAGUACGGAUAUUACGGAGAAGGACUUCCCAAGCGCAAUUUCGACGAGAUUGACCGAUCCAACCUCGACAGCUUCGUAAAAAAGCGGAACUUUGAUGAAAUCGACCAGACUUCUAUGCCAUUCCCUUUCAAGAGAUUCUAUCAUCUUUAUGGAUCCAACAAUUUGGACACCCCUGUGUCUAACUUUGACAAGAAGAGGUAUAGACCAGACUAUCCCAUGGACGAGAUCGACCUAUCGCAGUUCCCCAUCGGUUCGAAGCGUUCUUCUGACUUCCCCGCUUCUCACGCACGA